AUGCCAGGCUACCGGAAACACAACUUGACAGGUUCAUCUGGAAAACAGUACCAGGUGGUUGUUAAAAUCUAUCCGGUACAGGUUGCUGGGAUAAGUCCUACCCAUAAUGUGAGGAGUUGCAAAAAGGUAGUUCUUAGUUCUACUCAUUCGCAACACUUCGCAAACUGUCAACCAUCAAAUCUCGCCGAACACGCAACUCACACGCCACUUCACAUCGUUGGCCACGGAGACGCCCCAGGUCCACCUGGUCCGCCGCGGUGUUCCGCGCGGGCCCUGCGCUUCGUGGCGAGCGGAGCCGUGGCGCGCGAGCUGGACGCGGCCGCGCUGCGGAGGCCGUGGUGCCGAGGACAGUGGCACACGGCCGUCCAUCCUGUGGGAUGUGGAUCUUUGGUGGCACCGUUGAUGGAGGCUGAAGAACGACUUCUGGCGCUACACGGGACCGCUGGGUGGACGUCCCGGUGGAUGGUCAGCAGGUCAGCUGAAGCUAUGAUUGACCCUCAUCGUACCCGACAGCCAUUGCUGGGUUAGAUGUACAUCCCGAUGGAUUGUUGGACCGGGACCUGUGGACCGUCAACCUGGCAGAUCCGUCCACCCGGGCGCAGCCCAUCCGCUCGAGAGAGUGCCACAGCGGUGGAGG